GUAUCCCCAUGGAAUCGAGGUGGCCAGGGCAGGUUUUGGCGGUGAUGAUAAAGGUAGCAAUACAGGGUGACCCAGAGAAGAGAUGGGCUUGGUGGGACGCCAGAGGUUAAGGAUGGGAAUACGGCGAUGAGGAAGGAGGAGGCCCGGGCAUGAUAAGGGCAGACCUGGGGUGUGACCUCAAAGAAGAUAAAACUCUAAGGAGCGGAUGGCACGAGAGGGAAGUGAGUGAAGGCAGUGGCCUCGGGGGCGGGGGCCGUGUAGGUGGAGUGACUUGGUUUGGGCGGCUUGGUUGAGUAGAUGGUUGGCUUUGGUUUUCCCCGGGGAGGAGCCUGUGGUGGCGGGCGGAGCUGCGGGCUGGGCCGGGCUUAAGGCUGGCUCUUCUGCCAGUCUCCCUCCCGCCUUCCCACCCGCACUGCGUCCGCCAGUCUCAACUAUGGGCUGCCUAGCCCUUCAGCUCCUGCUCCUGGCUUUCUUAGCGUCCGGGUCCGUCAAAGCCCUCCAGCCGGCCUUAAUAGCCCUCGGUAGCCUGCACUUGCCAACUAACCCCACAUCCCAUCCGGCUGUAGCCAAGGACUACUCCGUUCUCUACUUCCAACAGAAGAUUGAUCAUUUUGGAUUUAAUUCUGUGAAAACUUUUAAUCAGCGGUAUCUAAUAGCUAAUGAAUACUGGAAGAAAGAUGGUGGGUCAAUACUUUUCUACACUGGUAAUGAAGGGGACAUCAUCUGGUUUUGCAAUAAUACGGGGUUCAUGUGGGAUGUGGCUCAGGAACUGAAAGCUAUGUUGGUGUUUGCUGAACAUCGCUACUAUGGGGAAUCCCUACCAUUUGGUAAAAAUUCAUUUAAAGAUUCCAGACACUUGAAUUAUCUGACAUCGGAGCAAGCUCUGGCAGAUUUUGCAGAGUUAAUCAAACACUUGCAAGAAACAGUUCCAGGAGUUAAAAAUCAACCUGUCAUUGCUAUAGGGGGGUCCUAUGGUGGCAUGCUUGCAGCUUGGUUCAGGAUGAAAUAUCCUCAUAUUGUCGUUGGAGCUCUUGCUGCUUCUGCCCCCAUCUGGCAAUUUGAGGAUUUGGUCCCUUGUGGUGUGUUUAUGAAGAUUGUAACUUCAGAUUUUAAGAGAAGUGGUCCAUAUUGUUCCGAGACCAUCCGCAAGUCCUGGAAUGUCAUUAAUCAACUCUCAAGUACAAGCAAAGGCUUAGAGUACCUUACUGAAGUCCUUCACUUAUGCAGCCCAUUAACUCCUCGGGACGUCCAACAUUUGAAAGAUUGGAUCGCUGAAACCUGGGUGAAUCUGGCAAUGGUCGACUACCCUUAUCCAUCUAGCUUUUUACAGCCUUUACCAGCUUGGCCGAUUAAGGAUUCUGAGGAUACUGGUGUGUCUGUCAGUGAGGAUGGGAAGUUGUUUUCCCUUUUCCCCUACUAUCACAUGUGGACUUGGUUGUCAUCCUUUUUCUUGCCUGCAUCAUCUCAAGAGACAGAGUCUCACCUUAUGGCCCUCGGUAGAGUGCCGUGGCAUCACACAGCUCACAGCAACCUCCAACUCCUCGGCUCAAGCGAUUCUCCUGCCUCAGCCUCCCGAGUAGGUGGGACUACAGGCACCCACCACAGCGCCCAGCCAUCUUUUGGUUGCAGUUCAGCCGGGGCAGGGCUUGAACCCGCCACCCUCGGUACAUGGGGCCGGCGCCUUACCGACUGAGCCACAGGCGCCGCCCUAAUUGAAUUCUUUCAUUUGCAGUUAUAUCCAAUGGUUUGACUCAUUAAUUUACUUAGUCAUCAUUAAUUCCCUUAAAUAGUGUUAGCUGUUUAUAGGUGAUAAGCAUUAAACAAUUAUCAUCAUUUAAUUUGGAUAUAAAGUUACUUUUAACUAACAGUGGGGCAAUUUUGAUUAUAUAACAUGUAAAAGAGUUAUGACCUUGAACAGACCUUGGGGGAUAGCUGCCAAGUAAUGAGAAUACCUACCCUUUUUUUCUGUAUCCAUAGUGUACCAGCUUCCUCGUAAGGUAAGUAGAAUUCGCUUUCAUAUGCCUAUUAAAAAAAUAGAAGUAUAUAGAGGUGAAAUAACUUGUCCAACUCAUAAGAUGGAAUUCAGACCCUUGUUUCUGUCUAACUAACUCUGAAAUCUAUGGUCAUUCUUUCCCCAACUCUUCCUCUGCUAGAGGGUGUGUCCAGUCAGGCCCUAGAGCAGUGAGUGGAGCUUGGCCCUCAGAGGACCCAUGCUGGCCAACUAAGCUGUUUCUAGGUCUGAUCCCUGAGUGGAAUGGCUGAGAACUUGAUUUGAUCUAGGCUGAUAUCAAAUGGGCAGGAUUUUUGUCUAGAAAUCAGGGUAGGGCAUGAUAUAGCAGCAAGGGUUCUUGGCAGUGAUAAUACUUAGACAACAGGGAGUGAGGUAAGGCCCAGACAGGGUUUGCAUGAAGACUGACUAGUGCUAGCAGUAGGUUGGGGGUGGUGAUGAGAGAGAUGGAAUGGAACCCAUCCCUUUGAGAGAGGAGGCUUGUUAGCAAAGGUUAAGAGGGCCUUGGAACCUAGGUUGAAUAGGCUAACAUGAACCAGGAACUUGCUGAAUUGCAUUAGAAGUUAACUUUUUAGGGUACAACUCUCAUUUCAUCAUUUUGCCAGCACAGCAUCAGUGAGGUACAGUAUAAGGGAUUUUAGACUUUUCCCUCUUGUAGCUUUCAAAAAGUGACUUCAUCUUCCAGGAUUUUCUUUUCCUUCUCUUUAAUCUUAAAUUGAUUUUAACACUUGACUUAAUCUGGUUAUGAGGAUCAUAUGAGAGAGUUUGUGAAGUAUCACACUGGAUGCUGAGGCUCUGUGACUACUGAAGUCUUCUUCUGAUGUGCUACAUCUCCAAUAGAACCAGGGUUUGAAACUGUGUGAGUGGAUGAUGGUCUGGAGAGCAGAAGAGAGCAGAAGCUGGCGGAGUGGUACGUGUCAUUGAUUGUACGGCAAUGGGGCAUCGAUUAAAAAUGGACCUUCUUUGGGGGAGGCAGUGAGGCCUAACUGAAAGUAACAAGAAAGGCUCAUAAAACAGCUCUUUAUGUGGAGAGGAGACUUGUUGCUAGGGUCCCGAUUGUUUCCUGGCUGUGUUUUGUGUGUCUGUGUCAGGUCAUUCUGUGGGCUUCUUUCAGGAACUUGGUGAUAUCAGCCUACAGAUAAUUAGAUCAGUGUCAUCACUGUCACCACCACCCUUUUUAUUCUGCUGGGACUAUUUGCAUGAAAAUGGAAGUGGGUGAUAUUCCUUUCCCAUUAAUAAGGCUCAGCUUCUUACUUGGGGAGGGGGUCAUCCAUAUAUAAGGACUUUGGAAAAAAGUUCCAAGUCAAUGUAUGAGUGAGCCUUUUUGAAAGGGUCUUAAAGACCCAAAUGUUCAGUCAUGCCAUCCACUUCCCAAAUCGGCCUUUCAAAAAGUUCUCCUGAUAUAGAAGAUCUGCAUCUGGGAUGCAGUUUUUUCAAGAGAAAGUUUCAGGAGACCUGCAUUCUGUAGUAAAAUUUCCUCGGAUGUCAACACACAUACAUGUAUUUUUACAGAUCUUCCAUCAGCUUAGAUCUUAUCACAGAGCUAGCCCUACUAAAAACCUCAGUUUGUGACAAUGAAGUUUAUUUAUUUUUUUAAUUAAGUCUUUUGUGCAUAGAUCAUAAAAUACAUUUAUGCCCAUUUCAGUGUGUUGAUUAUUUGUACAGAUUGGAGUGCUUAAAUCAUGCUAAUCAGCAUAGCUUUCAUCUCAUUUACCCAUUUAUAGCGUUAGGACAUUUGUGUUCUACCCAUGAUAGAACCAACUUGUACUUGCAAUGUGCUCCAUAGUUGUGGUCCCCCUACUAUCCCCUACCAUCCCUCCCACCCCCUCCCCAUCCCUCCCCCUCCCCUUCUCUCCUUCAUCAUAGCCUAAAGUUGUGUUUCAUUUUUCAUAUGCAAGUGUGAGUUAUUAUAAAUUGGUUUCACAGUAGUGCUGAAUACAUUGGAUACUUCUUUUUCCAUUCCUGAGAUACUUUGCUAAGAAGAAUAUUUUCCAGCUCCAUCCAUGUAAAC